UGUUGACUAAAUUAAUAUUGAAAAAUCUUUCUAUUCUUUUCGAAGUAAAAUGGAUAAAAAAAUAUUGAUUGAACCUCGAAUUGAACCUCCUGCAUUUGACGUUACGAAUCAGGGAGAAGAAAUCUAUCUUCCUAAGCAGACUCCGACAGAAAGACUCUCAAAACAAGUAAAAAAAUUAUGGCAAGAGCGAGAUUUUCGUAAUUUGACCAUUGAAUCCUUGGAAAAGGGAGAAAGUUCAGAGAAAAAAGAAUCAAAAGCAGAUGAUAAAGCUACUAAUCUCUCUGUCAUGAAAAAUACCAUUAAGGAUGCUGUUGCGUGAAUAUGACCUUUUUUUUUUAUUUGCAUCACAUAAUGACAUUGGUAUAGGAAUUGAUGUAUUGAAUUUAAUCUUAUCUGAUUCUCGACCAAAUUUCCAUCCGACAAAUCCAUUACCAGUCCCUUCUGGUAUGAUACAAAAUUAUGGUCAUAGCCUUCCCCAACUAAAUAAACAUUCUCAAUUUCAGAAUUUUAAAUUGAUGUUGGGAAUGAAACGCAAGCAACUUAAACAUGCUGCUGGGAUUAUAUCAUCGGCAGCCAAAAAACUGGGCAACAUUGUAGAAAAAGAAAGAACAUUCUGGAACGAAGCAGUAUCUUUAAGGGAACAUCAUUGGACUUUACAACGUGGUGGCGGCAAAGAAAAAAACGUUGGUCUUCAGAUUUUUGUUAGUUAUGGUUAUCAACUUGCUGGGUCUAGUUUUAUGGAAAACACUGCAGCACAAAUUCUGAGAUCGUCGGAUGAAAAACAAAUUGCAAUUUCACUGCCACAAAAAGCUAAAGGAAUAGUUAAAUUGCGUUUACGUAAAAGCUCUGAAGCCCCAGGUUAUGAUGGACCACGCGUGCAGGAAAAUUCUCUGCUUCGCUUUGAAUCAAUCGAAGGUUCAAAUAUUCAUCAACAACUUUUGGCUGCUCAGGAAGCCGUCUUUGAGGCUGAACUGUUUGAACAAUUAGUUAAGGAAGCACGUGUAAUGACUAAUGCUAGUGUAAUACUUCUUGAAAAUGAAGUCUGCCUUCAAGUUUACCCUGGUGUAGAUUUGACAAUUCAGUGGGCUAAUACUGACACAAUACAAGAGAAAGAGGAGACUCGAUCCACAGAUGAUGAUUGGACAUCUGUACUUCAAACGGAUAACAAUUUUGGAAGGACUAUUUCACCAGAACCUUCUAUGUGUACCGUAUUAAAAUUAGCCAUGGAUCUUUUGAUUCGGAGGUCUCAUCGGCGAAACUUUAUUAGGGAACAAGAACGUGUAAUACAAGGAAGUAGAGGUGUACAUAGAGAUAGUGGAUAUGGAUAUGCUCAAAUUCUAACUCAACCUCUUCACCUACUUAAAUAUCACUUCUUUUGUAUUCAUUUACGAGAAAUUUUAAACUCAACUACCAAGCCCUUAAGAGAUGGGGGUGUACCAGUUCAAAUUCAUUUUAUAUCUAAUCUUUCUAAAGGUAAAGAGUUGAUAGAAGAAGUGUGGAAAAAGAUUGGUAAUGAUAAAUUCUCAUUAUUUACUGGAUCAGUUAUCGUAAUUAUCGAUUACAGUCAUAGCAUUCGAUUCACAUUGGAAUCUCCUGGAACAUUGACUCUUCAUUUAUCACAUAUGGAUAUGAAAACUAGAAAUUUGACACAAUUUCAGGAAUUACUUACUAGAGAAAUUAAAUUACUUUUAUUAAGAAUAGUACUUGAAAAUUUAAAUACCUUAACAGGUCUUAAUGAUAUUGUAACAAAUGCUGGUAAAUGGUAUUUAGAUUCACCAGCAUUGAUGAUAUAUAAAGAUAUGCCUCCAGCAGUGCCUUCAUCAGCUUUUACGAAGAAGAAAUCUUCUUAUGAUCUUAAUGAUUUAUUGAAAGCUGAAAUAUCAGGUCUUAAUGAAGAAGAAAAGAAUAAUGAAUGGAAACCCGAAUAUUGGAGACGCCCAGUUAAGAUUACAAUCGUUGAUGGAUAUUCACCUGAUAAAUUAGCAGUUAAAAUUGAAGCUGCUUUAGUGGAUGCUAAACCAGAGCUGAUUAUAGGUGCUAAUGAUAAAAAUAUUCAUAGAGAAUUUGGCGAAAUGGUUUAUGAAUUUUUAGUUAAUUUGUUAUGAUUGGUAGAUUAUAUUUUUUUUUAGAGAUUUUUGACAGUUUCCACAAAACUCAAUUUGAAGAAAGGUUAUUUAUACUGUUAUAUUUUUUGAUAAUACAAAGUAUAUCCCAUUGAAACUUUUGUAUACCAUUUU